UCCUGUGAUCACGCCUAGUGAACGGACAGUCACACGAUCAUCAGUAUGAUCUUCUGCGCUUUACUGUUCACGUAAAGCCUAUUUAAUAUCGAUAUUUAUCGCUAUUUACUGCUAAUUGCUUGAUAAAGGGCUCAAAGCGGGUCUCCGAUGAAUAAGUGAUGGAGAGGGAAUGGAUCGUCCUCUGCUGCUGUCCCAGCGCUGCUGCUGCUGCAUAGACUCAGACUCUGCGCUUCAGUAGUUCUCUGUAGCCGAUGGCCUCCAUCUACUCACCGUCACUGGAGGACUCGGCGGAGGUGAAGGAGGGAUUUCUGUGUCCGCUGUGUUUUAAAGAUCUGCAGUCCUUCUACCAGCUGCAGGACCACUAUGAGGAGGAGCACGCCGGAGACUCGCGGCACGUCGGCGGACAGCUCAAAAACUUGGUGCAAAAGGCAAAGAAAGCCAAAGACAAGCUGCUGAAGCGGGACGGAGACGAGCGCACAGACAGCAGCUACGAGUCCUUUUAUUAUGGAGGAGUCGAUCCGUACAUGUGGGAGCCGCAGGAGCUCGGAGCCACGCGCAGUCACUUGGACUAUUUCAAGAAGCAAAGAGCUGCGAGGAUUGACCAUUACGUUAUUGAAGUCAACAAAUGCAUCAUCCGGCUGGAAAAGCUGACCUCCUUCGACAGAACCAAUAUGGACGCAGCGCAGAUUAGAUCUCUUGAGAAAUCAGUGGUGUCGUGGGUGAACGAUCAGGACGUGCCGUUUUGCCCGGAUUGUGGAGGGAAAUUCAACCUCCGCAACCGCCGGCACCAUUGCAGACUCUGCGGAUCCAUCAUGUGCCGGAAGUGCACAGAGUUUGUGCCGCUGCCGAUGGCCUAUAAAUUAACCAGCGGGACGAGGGAGGCUCUGUGGGCUCCGGGUUCUGGUGGGUCCCCGGUGAGCACAGGACAGGCCGUGGUGCAGCAGACGUCUCGGCGCGGCUCCAUCAGCAGCAUCUCUUCUGUCACGUCUGUGCUGGAGGAGAAGGACGAGGACCGCGUGCGCUGCUGUCACCACUGCAUGGACGCCCUGCUGAGGCACCAGAGGAAACUGGAGGAGAAAGACCACGUUCCCGAUAUCGUCAAACUCUACGAGAGGUUAAGAACGUGUAUGGAUAAAGUUGAAGCUAAAGCUCCAGAGUACACGAGGAUGGCAGAAUCGCUCAAUGCUGGAGAAAAGACCUACAGUCUGGAAAGCACAGCAGCGUUGAGGAUGGAGAUCCAGAAAUACUACGAGCUGAUCGACGUUCUGAGUAAGAAGAUCCUAACACUGGGGCUGAAAGAGGAGCUUCAGCCUCAUCCCAAAGCCCUGCAGCUGCAGAGGAUGGUGCGAUACACAGCCACACUCUUCAUACAGGAGAAGCUGUUGGGUCUGACGUCUCUCCCGACCAAGGAGAAAUACGAGGAGCUGAAGGAGAAGAGGAGAGUGGAGCAGGAGAAAAGGGCUCAGCAGGAGAGACAGGUCAGCUUAGAGUCUCACAAGCGUCGACUGGAGAAUGAGAAGAACCGUCCGACUGUCAGUGUGAACGGAGACGUCGCAGCUCCACGCGUGACCAAAGCCGGCGGCUGGCUCCCUCAAUCCGACACCCGCUCCGAGCAGGACGACCCGCUCCUGCAGCAGAUCGAGAACAUCGAAUCCUUCCUGCGACAGGCGCGAUCCGCAAACCGCUCAGACGAGGUGUGCAUGCUAGAGGAGAACCUGCGGCAGCUCCAGGACGAGUUCGACGCGCAGCAGACCAGCAGAGCCAUAGAGAUCUCCCAGCGGCUGGCGGACGAGACGGACCUCCAGCAGAAGCAGAUCCAGCAUCUCCAGCAGAGAGAGAUGGAGCACAGAGCACUCGCCAAAACUCAAGAGCGUCCACUCCGAGGAGAAACUGACAGAACAGACGAGCAUUCAGUCAGAGGAGAUCUAGAGAAAACUGAUCAUACACGCCGAGGAGGCGCUGACCAAGCUGAAGAGCAGCCAUUCAGAGCUAACAAAGCCCAAUAUCAGUCUCUCAGAGCAAACAAAGCAGAAGAUCCUUCACUCAGAGCAAACAAAACUCAAUAUCAGUCUCUCAGAGCAAACAAAGCAGAAGAUCCUACACUCAGAGCAAGCAAAACUCAAGAGCAUUCACUCAGAGGAGACACAAGCAAAACUCAAGAGCAUUCGCCUCCUUCGUUGGAGAACAAAUCUCCAUCCAAAAACCCGUUCGAUGAGGAGCCUUUCUCUCCAGUAGAGGAAGAGCCCACAAACUCUCAGACUGCCAACGGGAAGAAAGAGUACAACCCUUUUGAGGAGGAAAACGAUGAUCCUAAUGCGGCUAAAAACCCAUUUGAGGAUGAUGAUGAUGAUGAUGAUGACCGAAGUAACCCAUUUAAAGAGGUUUCCGAUGAGACUCCUGCAUCCUCGACCAACCCGUUUGAUGAGGAUGAUGAGGAUGAUACGGCCAUUGAGGAAGAGCUCCUUCUGCAGCAGAUCGAUAACAUUCGUGCGUACAUAUUCGACGCUAAGCUAAGCGGACGCUCUGAUGAGGUGGAGCUGCUGUCGGAGAACUUAAAGGAGCUGCAGAGAACACUACGAGAGCAGAAGAGGAAGAAAUAGAGGAGGACUCUUGACUUGUUUGUAGUUACUGAUAUAAAACGAUGCACUCGGAGUAGAAACGCGUAACGUCAGAUGCGAAUCUUGUCUGAUGCUUCGAUUUAAAGGAACACUCCUCCACUUCUGUGUGGGAAAUAAACUCGUUUUUUUUUUACUCUCCCGAAGUUAAAGAGUUGAGUUUCACCAUGGUUGAAUCCAUUCAGCUGGUCUCUGAAUCUGACCGGAGCACUUUUAGCUUAGCUUAGCAUAAAUCAUUGAAUCGGAUUAGACCAUUAGCAUCUCAUUCUAACAAACAGUAGAGAGUUUGGAUAGUUUUCCUAUUUAAAUCAUGGUUUUCUGUAGUUACGUUGUGUACUAAGACACAAGAAAAACAAAGUUGCAAUACAGGUAGGGACUAUACUCUCACUCUGGCGGAAUAAUCAAGGAACUUUGCUGCCGGACCAUGGCUGCAGCAGGAGCGGUGAUAUGAGUAUGUAAUGAUACAUACAGCCUAAAUAUCAACUUUUAAAUUUCCUUUGGUCUUAGUACAGGAUGUAAGUGCUGAAGAGUCGAGCUUUAAAUAGGAAAAUGAUCAAUAAUCUGUCUAGAUUUUUUUUUUUAGCAAGAUGCUAAUGGUCUAAUCCGAUUCAAUGAUUUAUGCUAAGCUAAAAGUGAUUGUGCCAGAUCUGGAGAUCAGCUGCCUAAGAGUCGAGAUUUAAAUAGAAAAAAAAUAAAAAAUAUGACUUUUUAAUUAUUUUUUAUUUUUUUACAAGAUGCCAACGGUCCAAUCUGAUUCAGUGAUUUAUGCUAAGCUAAGAUGAAAGUACCACUAACAGACCUGGAGAUUAGCUGGAUAAGAGUCGAGUUUUAAAUAAGAAAAUGAUCAAAAAUCUGUUUUGAUUUUUCUUUUUAGCAAGAUGCUAAUGGUCUAAUCCGAUUCAAUGAUUUAUGCUAAGCUAAAAGUGAUUGUGCUAGAUCUGGAGAUCAGCUGCAUAAGAGUCGAGAUUUAUAUAGAAAAAAAAUCAAAAAUAUGACUUUUUAAUUUUUUAUUUUUUUUUUACAAGAUGCUAACGGUCCAAUCUGAUUCAGUGAUUUAUGCUAAGCUAAGCUGAAAGUACCACUAACAGACCUGGAGAUUAGCUGGAUAAGAGUCGGGUUUUAAAUAAGAAAAUGAUCAAAAAUCUGUUUUGAUUUUUCUUUUUACAAGAUGCUAAUGGUCUAAUCUGAUUCAAUGAUUUAUGCUAAGCUAAGCUAAAAGUGCUAGUGCCACAUCUGAAGAUUGGCAGAAUAAGAGUUGAGCUUUAAAUAGAAAAAUUAUCAAAAAUCUGUUUUGAUUUUUUUUUUAACAAGAUGCUAAUGGUCUAAUCCGAUUCAAUAAUUUAUGCUAAGCUAAGCUAAAAGUGUUUGAGCCGGAUCUGGAGAUUGGCUUAAUUAGUCUAGCUUUAAAUAGGAACAUUAUCAAAAAUCUGUUUUGAUUUAUUUAUUCUUUUACAAGAUGCUAAUGGUCUAAUUUGAUUCAAGGAUUUAUGCUAAGCUGAGCUAAAAGUGCUCCUGCCAGACCUGGAGAUCGGCAGAAUAAAAGUCAACCUUUAAAUAGGAAAAUUAUUAAUAAUCUGUUUUUAUUCUUUUUUUUUUUUUUUUUUUACAAGAUGCUAAUGGUCUAAUGCAAUUUAAUGAUUUAUGCUGAGCUAUAAGUGCUCACCUCAGGGGAUCAGCUGAAUGGAUUCAAAAAUGUUAAAAUUGAACACCUAAACUCUCGGAGAGCUGUAAAAUGAGCAUAUUUACAAAGAAGUGUAGUGUUCCUUCAAAGAGAUAGUUCACUUUAAAAAUUUAAAUGGCCUCAUUCACGUUCCCUCAAGUGGUUUUAAACCUUUAUGGCUUUCUUUCUUCUGUUGAACUGAAAAGAAGAUGUUUUGAAGAAUGUUGACACAUUGACUUUCAUAGUUGGAAAAAAGGACUAUGGAAUUUAUUGUUAUGUGAAAAGAAAAUGAAUGAAUGAAUUUAUUGGAUGCCAGCAAAAGUUUAGACUCACUUGAGUGUGAAUAAAUGAGAGAAUUGUCAUUUUUGAGUGAACUAUCCCUUUAGAUUUGUAAUUGAAUACACUUGAAGAGGCAUAGCGGGCGCUAGUAUUGAUGAUUAUUCAGAUUUAGAUCUGAAUAAAGUUCUCCAUUAUUAGAGUGCUAUAAAUGAGUUAAAAUAUCUGAAGCAUUUUCUGUUUAACAAAGUCAGUAUUUUCAGAUUUUGACGCUAAAUGUAUUUCUGAAUCAGUUUCUGAGUCCGCAGCUUUAAUGUUGAUUUAAUAGAUAGACCAUUUUACUACAUACUAAACUUCAAUGUUCUGCGUUUGUCUUGGAAACAGUGUAGUUCACUCAGAAAUGAAAAUUCCUGUUACUCACCAUAUGUCUGUAUAGCACUUCUUUAGUGUGCGUCAAUUGAAAUUUACUAAAUUUAUAUAGGUUGUAAGUCUAUUUAAUGCAAGACACAUUUACAAUUCACAUUUACAAAAUUUAAUUCGUAAAUUCAAAACACCAUUCAUAAAUGCACAAAUCCAAUUCGUAAAUUCAAAACACGAUUCAUAAAUGCGAAAAUCCAAUUAGUAAAUUCAAAAUGCCAUUCAUAAAUGAGAAAAUUCAAUUCGUAAAUUCAAAACACCUUUCAUGAAUGCGCAAAUCCAAUUCGUUAAUUCAAAAUGCCAAUCAUAAAUGUGCAAAUUACAUUCGUUAAUUCAAAACACCAUUCAUAAAUGCGCAAAUCCAAUUAAUAAAUUAAAAAUGCCAUUCUUAAGUGCAUAAAUCCUAUUUGUACAUUUAAAACACCAUUCAUAAUUGCGCAAAUUCGUUAAUUCAAAAUGCCAUUCAUAAAUGUGCAAAUUCGUUAAUUCAAAACGCCACUCAUAAAUGCACAAAUCCAAUUCGUUAAUUCAAAACGCCAUUCAUAAAUGAGCAAAUUAAAUUCGUUAAUUUAAAACGCCAUUCAUAAAUGCACAAAUCCAAUUCAUUAAUUCAAAACCACAUUCAUAAAUGCAUAAAUCCAAUUUGUUAAUUCAAAACGCCAUUCAUAAAUGCACAAACACAAUUCAUUAAUUCAAAACGCCAUUUAUAAAUGCGCAAAUUAAAUUUGUUAAUUCAAAACGCCAUUCAUAAAUGCUCAAGUUAAAUUCGUUAAUUCAAAACGCCAUUCAUAAAUGCACAAAUCCAAUUCGUUAAUUCAAAACGCCAUUUAUAAAUAUGCAAAUUAAAUUUGUUAAUUCAAAACGCCACUCAUAUAUGCACAAAUCCAAUUCGUUAAUUCAAAACGCAAUUCAUAAAUGCGCAAGGUAAAUUCGUUAAUUCAAAACGCCAUUCAUAAAAGCGCAAAUUAAAUUCGUUAAUUUAAAACGUGAUUCAGAAAUUCAAAACACCAUUCAUAAAUGCGCAAAUCCAAUUCAUAAAUUUAAAACGGCGAUCAUAAAUGUGAUUUGCUCAUUUGUGAAUUGUAUUUUGAAUUAACGAAUUCGAUUUUGUGAAUUGUGCUGUGCGUGUUUGAGUUUUAUUUUUACAGAUCUAUUAUUUUUAAGACUCAUCUGGCUCCAUAGGAAAACUAUCGAGUGUUUUAAAUAACAUUAUUUCGCCUUUAUUUUCCACAAAUGUUGUGAUUCAACAAGAGAUAUUUGUUAGAAUUCAAACAGUUAUUCAUAACCGUGCUCUACAUUCUAAUUACAUUUAAAUGAUUUAGUUCUUCAUUUCUAGGUGAACUACUGGUUUAAUAUUGCAUAACUCUUGAACGUGUCAAAUCUUUUGGUGUUUGUCAGUUUAUUUUGUAUAUACCGAUUACUUUAUUUUCCGUCUAUAGUGAUUUAAACCACGAGUAGUUUAUUUCUGUUGCACUUUACCGAUUGCACAACCAUCCGAGUGGCGUUGAAGUAAACCUGCGCUUGUUAUAAUCCACACAGCUCUGUAAAGAAGCUCCGUCUUGCAUGUGUUAUUGAUUCUCCACAAAAACACAAGGACAUAUACUGUAUCUGAAGCGCUUUCUGAAAUGAAGCAGUGUUUCGGUUAGACCGCUAUAAUGCUUUUGUUUUGUUGGCCUCUGUGACUAAUAUGAGCCUGUCCAUGAGCUUCUGGAUGAUGAUGUAUGUUUACACUGAACAAUAUCAGGUAUCAUAAAUGUAACACUAAUAAUAAAACUGAUGAUGAAAA